AUGUCUUCGUCCAGUGAAGGUGGUAGACUGAUCUGCCCCGAGUGUCGAGGCUACUGCGACGUCUCAGACAACUGUCCCACGUGUACUGCCGCUGAAUCAGUCAUACUCAAAACGGAAAUCUCCGACUCGCAGGACGACACUGCUUUGAAGAUGGCUCCGUCUGCUGAAAAUUCUCCCCAGCAGGCUAAUUCCGAAGCUUCAUCUGCCACAGCCAAGGCUCCUUCAGCUCCCGCGUCCCCUUCUGCUCCCCAAUCACCCCCCGCUCAGCCUGCCCCUACUACCCCUCCAAAGAAAACUUCAAAGGCCACCAAGAAGACCAAGAAGAUGGAAUCUUCCAGCGAUUCCAAUAACAGCCCGAAGGAGAAGUUGACGCCGGCAUGUGCUCCGUGCAAAAAAGCAAAGAGACGGUGCGUGCAUCGCAGCGUUAUUCCAGAUGCGGAAGGACAAGGAGCUUCCCAGCCCUCCAAGAAGCGCAAGCAGACUGCUGAGCCAGGGGCCAACCCUAAGAGGGCCAAGAAGAAUGAUGGCGAUGUCAGCGGCAACGAAACAGGAUCUGAAGAGGGUCAGCGCAUCAAGCUCAAGUUUAAGAAUGUCGAGUUUAACACCGAAACAGGUGAAUCGACACCAAAGAAACGAGGCAGGCCAUCCAAGACAUUGCCGGGCAAUGCUGAAGCCGGGGCUCUACCUAGUAUAGAAGAGGAAGACGACGAAGAAGAGGUCCCACAGAAGCGAGCCAAGGAUAAGAAUUAUGGCUUUCCAAAAGAUAGCCUCGUUGCGGCGUCAAGAGUGACGGCUUUCAAACACUUGGACCAGCAGCUACAAGACAAGAUAGCAGACUGCGAGGACAAGUGGAAGGCGGCCAAGGAUACCGUCGAUGAAAUCCGGUAUAUACUGAAUAAAUGGAUAGCGCUUUGGGAACAAGGAAGGGCAUGAUGGUCGAUAAGGAUCAUUGUUUCUGCAUUCGUUUCAACCGGACCCGUCAUGUGUUCUCUGUUCUUUAUGGAGUUAACAUGGGGCUUCUUGUUUAUUGCUGGCCUUAUUUGAUUUUGGCGUUAGGAAGGCAGCUAGUGUCUGGCGUCAUGGAUUGGUUUGGAUGCCAGAGCCUAGCCCGAGGGUUUAUUCGGACUAAACAAGCUAGAGAUGGGUAAAAACACCUCAUGGUUUUAGUACGGGGUAUUUUAGUGGAAUAAUAAUGAAAUGCAUCAACA